AUGGGGCACAGAGCAGCUGCAUUUACUGCUCAACACUUAUUGAAAUACUUUUCUUUGAAAUCGAUGGGCCAUGCAUUUGCUUCCGGUCGCCUCGCCCUAAACCAUGUGUUGGAAUGUAUUUAUACUUGGGUCAAUCAACACCAUGAAGCACGGACCGUUGCGGAAGCGGCCGCGCUCGGAAGCGGUGCGGUGGAGACAGCGGUUGGAAUCGAGGUGGGAUCAUGGGGAACUGCAGAGGUGUGUGGCGGUAGCGUGGAUCCUUACGCGAUCCCAACCGCUACGCUUUGA